AGUUUUCCUUCAUCAGACAUCCUAAGCUUCUUUCAUCAAAUCCCCCAUUUCAUCAAGUCAUAAUGGCUCUAUCUUUGUCUUCCGCAAUGUUUAUCAUUUGCUUAUCCGUCUUCGUGCUCGCCGGAGAUGCAGUCCGAGAUAUGCCGGAAGAUGUUCCAAUGCCAAACACGAAACUCGGCAAUAUCACAUACGAUAGUACUAGACUUGGAUCUUACGUUAAAGUAGCAACUUUAAGAUUUCCUAUUUUCACUACAACAACAUGGAAGGCUGACUGUUUUCAGUCCAACUCCGGUUAUUUGUCAAUAAAUUCAGAUUACUCCGCUGGCUGGAUUGUUAUUGAGACUAAGAAUGCGAAAAGCAAAUUAUGCAAAGAUUCUUAUGAAUUUAGAGCAGGAACUGCAGUGAUAGCAACAGACACUUUCUAUACCUCUUUAACCAAUCCACAUGAAACAAUGUUCUUUCCCACAGCUGCACAAAAAAAAGAAAUAGAUAACAACGGAAUUGGCGUUUACUUGAAAAGGGCAUCUGUAACCAAAGACAAAGAAAAUGGGCAUGACUUUCUAAAACAGGUGGUGGACACAAUAUAAAAUAUAAAUUGUGAAGUAAAUGGCCGUCGAGCUUAUUCGUCACUUUGCUAUAUAUGUAAUCUAAAUAAAAGGCUUUGUAUUGUUGAAGUUAUGUUGGUUCUUCAUUGUUGUUUAAAGCUAUUAUCUAAAUAAAACAAAAUUCGAACAUGUUUAUAAAAACAUGGGAAUUUUGUUCCUACUUGUAAGCUAUUUUCCCCGUUUGAUAAUGUUGUGAUUUGAAAUAUAUUUGUAUUUGAUAUAUGAUAUACAUGUCACCGUCUAUUUAUAUGAUA